CCACAAACCAAACAAUACAUCCACUCAACAUCAUUGUCAACGAAUAUUAUCCCCGUCUAUCACUAUCAUUUAAUGUCCCACUCCAUUAUCGAAGUCUAUUCUUUUCCUCGGCUGUUUUACGGCUUGAUCCAUUUCUGACGCCUGGAUUCCAGAGUACAACCCGCAACACAGUAUUGGACCAAGUGGCCCUACCUUCGACUUCCAGCUUCCACUAACUGUGGUUGCUGAACGCCGGUGGGCCCUGGGAUACACAACCUAUUGAGGCUAUUCAAACGGCUCCCUUCGCUGCUCACUUAGACUCUGGCCGCCGCCCCAGUGGUCAACAACAUGGCCGCGCUCAACCUCGACACCUUGCCGGCCGAACUUCUCCUGGACAUUGGAGAACGUCUCGAUUUCAGAGACUUGGCCUCUCUGAUCCGUGUCUCCAGAUCUUGUCACGAUGUCUUGACUGACAAACUAUACAAUAUCACCGGCAAGUACGAGGCUGUGCGCUGGGCCGCCGAUAAUGGCAGCUGUUUGGUUAUGAAAACCGCGCUGUCACAUUGCCACGAGGAGAUAGAAAAUCACAGACUCGUCAACAGGCCCAUUUUUCAAGAUCUCCGCCGGCCGGUCUUUGCUACUCCGCUUGCUCGCGCAUCUUACCAUGGUCAUCUUGAUCUUGUCACGUAUCUCUUGGACGUUGGGGCAGAGCAGGACAUAUCGUCGUACCGGUUCUGCAACUGCAUUGGCUUGCAAAGCAUCUUCGAGGGCUUCGAGGGCCACGAUUUUCCCAAUGUCCCGGCAUGGUAUCCUCUUCACUACGCAAUAUGCAGUAAGAAUGAAGAGGUCGCUCUGCUCCUUAUCGACCGGGGUGCGCCCUUGGUGUUGUGUGACGGUGGUCCUCGUAUUACUGCACUCCAAAGUGCCACUGCGAACGGCUGUCUAAAGGUCGUACAGCGUCUCGCGAAACGAUACCGUGAGCUGAACCACGGUCCUCUGUUAACCCCCGGGCAUGAGGCAGACGUAGGUCGUCCGCCAGACCCCAGGGCAACCGAUGCUCGUCUCCACACUGCGAUGCACUACCUCGCGCUGUGUCCGCGUCGUGAAUAUGUUCGCGAAAUAUGUCUCUGUCUGAUGGACCUUGGGGUUCCACUAGAUACUCCAUGGGGUAGUAUGGCCAUGUCGCCCCUUCUGAUGGCGUGCGCAUUGGGUAAUUUUACGGUAGCUACCGAAUUCGUGCAAUUUGGAGCAAACCUUCAACGUCGAGACCCGACAGAGCAGGAACGUCAGCAACAUCUCCAAGAAGGCGUAUUGCCCGAACACCGACAAACAAACGCCCCAUACGUGUACACUGCCUUGGGAGCCAAGUAUAAACAAGCUAAGCAGGCGGGCGUUGUGUGGCGGCCAGGCGGCAAGGCACGCUGGGAAAUCGAACGGCAGAACUUCAUCAGAGUAUUCAUCCAGCACAAUGGCAAGGUUAACGAACCUGUGAGUCUAGCUGGUGACACCGCUUUGGCAAGAGCAGCCGAUAGAGGGCUCGUGGCCGAGAUUCGAAUACUUCUCUCGGAGGGAGGCGCUGUUGUUGACAAGCCAGAUGCGUUUGGAAUGACACCGUUGUGCAAGGCCGCGCUGCGCGGUGGAUUUGGGGCCGUUGAAGCGCUUCUGGAAGCCGGGGCGGACCCAAACCUUCCCAGUCGAAUCGGUCAAAUCACCGCCCUGGAGGUGAUCAGUGGCAUGAUUGCGGUGCCAGAAAUCGAGCAGAUCAUUAUAUUGCUACUACGCUACGGUACACGUGUGGGAAGAUUAUCACCUCGAUCUCCCCAUCAAUAUGAACGAACUCACUUGAUCGGUUUGUUGAGGCGAGUUCUCGAGCGUAACAACCCUUCAGAUUACUUGGCCAUGUCGACAAUUCUCGAAAACAGUACUGAAGCAAAUAUAUCGCGUGGCUGUUGGCAAUACGCGGCCGAGGUAGCCCUUCGUCUCGAUAAGAAUGGGGACUCCAAGAAGCCAGGACACCGAAAAAUGUGCUUACUCCUAGGUAUCUUUGGUUCCGACGUUGGUUAUGCCUUUGAUGAUUCCAGGCUCUGCUCGAUUGUCAAGCAGCUCAUCAAAACAAGCCACCCGGAGAACAUGUCGUGUCUGUUCUACCUCGGAGGAAGGAAUAUAGAACUUCGACUGCGGGACUAUUUCCCAAGCGUGGUUAGGACAUCCAGCGGCGUCUUCACUCGAGAAGCGAUGCUGGCCUUGGCCUUGACUCAUAGUAAAAAAUCAGCGUUGCCUUUGGUCUCUCAAUUGCUCGCUGACAACGAUAUCGACGUCACUGGAAGACUUCACUGUCUCAGCACCAAACCGACGCUACUUCAUCUCGCUUGUAGCAACGGCGACUGGGGAUCCGCAGGCCUCCUUAUCACCAGAGGUUGUUCCGCGAACGCUGUCAAUGGGUGUCUUCUAACGCCCUUGGCGGAGGCUGCAGCGGGUGGUUACAAAAAACUGGUCGAAGCUCUGAUGGAUUGUACAUCGGCCGAUCCACACGAGUCAUUCCGGUGUCCUUCAGAGACCACCAGAUCAUUGCAAGAGCAAUUCGCAGUCCCAGAUGACUUUCUUCGCCCGCCUCCCGGAACCAGGAUCGCCCAAUUUGUCGUCCGUGAGCUUAUUAAGCUUCAGGGUGCACCUUUAGGGUUUGCCGAUACCGAUACCAGCAAUCAACACUCAAUGGAUCCAUCUCUUCCCAAAAAGGGUGCUCGGAACCGUUACACGCCACAUCUUUUUGGAUUCUCUGCCCUUGAAACCGCCUGUCACGAGGGACACACCGAUGUCGUAAAAGCAAUUCUCAAACGUCACCCCCUUGCAAGGCAUCCUCAUUUCCAAGUCCAAAGGGGCUUCAUGCCCGUAAAGCCGUCCUUCAGUUACCUAACCGACGCCGCCAUGAACGGACACUGGGAGACGAUGCACAUCUUGCUCACCCACGGAGCGGACCCCAACCAUGGCAUCCUCCGUGGCUGUCUCGACCUGACGCCCUUCCACAUCUGCGUGGAGGCGCUUGUGCACACAGUCCGGUUAUACAACAUCGAAGCCGAGACUCUUGCUACCGAGGCGCCCAUACCCCCCGGCUCCGAGGCUCCGCCGCCAUUCCCACCAGAUAUGCACCCCCAACUACUACCCUUCGUCAAAAGGAUUCAGAGAAUCGUCAGUGUUAUUGCGCACCUGAAGCGCAGAGGGGCAAAGGAGGAAUCAGACAAUUCUGUCUUUAGAAUCGUACAUCAGUUGCCUGGAGAACCGUUCCCGCAAAAUACGAUGGAUAUGUUGAGACGGUUGAUGAAGAGGGAGGAACCGGGUUACAUGGGAGGAAGGUUCAUGGAGAGACAUGAGGUGGUGGUGACGAAGAAGUUUACGUUGGAUCCGGAGGGCAAGAAGAUCGUGCUGGUCGAUGAGGAAAAACGGCCACUUGCCCAACUCCAAACGCGGCGUUCCUCGGGGGUCCUAGGCUUCGCCGGCAAAUCCAUCGCCAUUUUUCUGAUUCUCCUCUUUUUUUCGACUGGCGCUUAUGGGGGGAUGAUCACCGGGUUUAGCAAUGGGUUCUUUGCUGCUCUUACAAAAAUCAAGACUGACCCGUCGGCCGUGGUGGGUUAUGAGCCGAAGCAGGAGUUCACGGGGGUGAAGGCGGUGGAUAAGGUUAUGGUUACGCUGGUGACGUUUUUUGCUGCUUGGUUGGAUGCUGGUGGACCGGAGCUAGGGGAGGGGACGUGGGAGGGGCCGUGGCUGGAGGGCUUGAUAAAGGGAAAGGGGGGAAUGAAGGGGGGAAGGACGUGGGAGGUGGAUAUGCCGCUCUGGAUGUCUGUGGUGCAGUUUGCGGGUGCUUGGGGGUUGGGGAGGGUGGUUGGUUGGACUGGGUUUUGGGGCAUGGGCAUGCAAUUAGUGUCAUACACCAUCGCUGGCCCGAUUUACUUCAUCAUCUACUUGUUUACAUCGCCCGUAGCAAGUAGCAACGAUGUCGACGCGCUGGCCGUCGACGAGGGGGAAAUGGCUCUGCUGCCGGUGUGCAUCACACUGGCCUUCCUUGUUCCGGCAUUCAUGAUGGGAUUACCAAGCCCUCAGGUCAUCCCGCAAGCUGAGCAUCAGAACUGGAUGGCUACCUGGCAGGUGUUUCCUAUUCUGCAGACCAACUUGAUGUUCUUCCUCAAGAGCUUGUUCGGUUCUUCCGGUGCUGGUGCGGAGGGGAACAGCAACAGAGUUACUACUGGGAGGAAACUGGCCGGCGCAAGCCCAGUGUACAAGUUUACCAUGACCCUCUGCGUGGUGGCUCAGUUGGGCUUCCUGGCCAUUGCGCUGACGCCGCCCACUGCUUUACCAGCAAACUUGGCUGCCUCGUACCCGUGGCUUUCGGCGAUGUUGAAGGAGGUGAGCAUUGGUUCGGCUGUCCCUAGGGCGCUGUGGGAUCCGCCAUCUAUCGAUGCGGCGAGUUUGGAGCAUAUCCGGAUGGCGUGGUUAGCACCGUUGGCGAAGCACUUUUUGCAGUGGGAUGUUCACAGUGGUAACUUUGCGCUGCUCACUUGGGCUGCGUACCAAUAUUGGGCUGCUGGAGUCGGUGGUGGAAAGCGAUUCGGCAAGGCGUUGGGUUGGUUCGUGCUCGGAGGACCGGUUGCGACAGCGGCGUAUCUUUUGUGGGAGAGAGAUGAGGCGGUUGUUGAGAGGGAGGAUGAUCGGGGGAGGAGGAGAAGUCGGUAAACGGUUGUUUCGUGAAGUGUUUGACGGGCUCAGGAGGUACGCAGUUUCCCGGCAAUGCGCCUCCUAAACGGCAGUUGAGGUUUCACGAGACGGGAGAGUUUGACCAAAGACCCAACCCAGCGGGUCGUUGGCGAACAAGGCAAUUUGUCUCCGUCGUGUAUCUGUAAAUGCAGUGUCACAUUCCACAAAGGUUGAAUAGGUUGAGACCGGGGAAGUCGGACUCGGGACGGAAACAAAUGACAAACUCCGAAAUGUGGGGCCGAGCGGCACCAUUGCCCCUGGCAGAGCGGGGGUCAUCCUGUUGGCGUUCCCAGAUUUCCCGUAUCCACUACCACGGAAGGGGCGCUCGCCCGGGACAGAAAAGCUGAGACCGUUCUUGCCGAUCACCCGUUAAGAUUUGGCAUACAGUAGUGUACAAUACUGGUUUGGUUGUUAGCUCGAGACCUCUG